AUGACCCAGUCUGUCACCUUUAUUCCACCUGUUCGUCCUCAGCCUGCCCGUCUCGCCAUCGCAUUCCAGGAGACUCGAAGACGCGACGUGCACCGCUCGGUCAACGUAUUUCCUUGGCAGAAUGUGAAAAUGCCCUGUCAUGGGUUUGUUGUCGGAACUGAUUGGGCGAUGACAACGUUCGAUAAUCGCAGAGAUGAUCAAUUUUCCGAUUCAAAACGUUUACAAACGAUAAACGAAGAGACGGAAGUGCGGUUCAUCCAUCCUUACGACUCACAAGAGUAUACAAGACAUCGCGUGGACUUCAAUGUCUUGGAAGAGAUCCGCCAGUUGAAUAUGCAUAGACGCGAAGGAUUUAUGAAGAGGUUUCUGUCGUUUAUCGGCUUGCUCGUGGUGUUUGCGAUUGUCGUGGAAAACUAUUUGGAUACCUUUAGUCGAAAAAUCACCAUUGGGCAAUUGAGCUUUGGUAUUGGUGUCAUUUCGACUGCUGUGUCGCGCAAGUUAAUCUUCACGUACCGCCUGUUUGGCACGGACACUUCGUAUGAAUAA